AGCAAGGGCAAGGCAAGGGAGGACGACUUUUUAGUGCCUUCAGUGACGUCAUUUAAGCGAGAAGCGCUGACUGCUUCUAACCCAUUCCUACCUCCCUCCAUCACCCCAUCACCCUUUGUUUCAUCCUCCAUUACUCACUUACACAUCUGUACACCAUGUCCAACACUCUUCGACCAUACCUCAAUGCUGUUCGCCAGACACUCACUGCCGCCAUGUGUCUGGAGAACUUCUCGUCCCAGGUUGCUGAGCGCCACAACAAGCCCGAAGUCGAGGCAAGGGCGUCCAAGGAAGUUCUUCUCAACCCUGUCGUCAUCAGCAGAAAUGAUAAGGAGCGCGUCUUGAUUGAAACAUCCGUCAACUCUUUGCGCGUCAGCAUUGCGAUCAAACAAGCAGAUGAGAUCGAGCGGAUCUUGGCCCACAAGUUCACGCGCUUCUUGACGCAGCGCGCAGAGAGCUUUGUGAUCCUUCGCAGGAAACCAAUAGAGGGAUAUGAUAUCUCGUUCUUAAUCACGAACGCACACACGGAGCUGAUGUAUAAGCACAAGCUAGUGGACUUUAUCAUUCAGUUCAUGGAGGAGGUCGACAAAGAGAUCAGCGAGAUGAAGUUGAGUCUCAAUGCCCGUGCUCGUAUCGUUUCUGAGUCGUACUUGUCCCAGUUUAACUAGAUACCAUCAAAGUAAUAUCAAAACAGGAUUUCAGGAGCGUACGAACAAGGAAGCAGUACGAGUGCCUUCAAUUGAUCCGACAACGUAGAUUGUCAGUCCACAUACAGCAACUAAAAUUUAUGAUGCUCUGUUUAUUCUACAGA